AUAGAAAAAAAAAAUCAGUUCAACAAAACUAAUAGACGAAAAAAAAAAAAUGUCGAGAUCGCGAAUCUGCUUGGUUUUCGUCACUCUUACGUUGUUGUUUGUCGCUUCGGCAUUUGCAGACGACGUCGUCGUUCUUACAGAGGAGAAUUUCGACAAAGAGGUCGGCCAAGAUCGGGGUGCUCUCGUCGAGUUCUACGCUCCAUGGUGUGGGCACUGUAAAAAGCUUGCUCCCGAAUAUGAAACCCUCGGUGCAAGUUUCAAGAAGGCAAAAUCUGUUGUAAUUGCCAAGGUUGACUGUGACGAGCAUAAGAGCGUUUGCAGCAAGUACGGAGUUUCCGGAUAUCCCACCAUCCAGUGGUUCCCUAAGGGCUCCCUCGAGCCAAAAAAGUAUGAAGGUGCACGAAAUGCCGAAGCCCUUGCUGAAUAUGUAAAUACUGAAGCAGGGACGAAUGUCAAGAUUGCAUCAGCCCCUUCAAAUGUCGUGGUUCUAACCCCGGAAAACUUUGAGGAGAUUGUACUCGAUGAGAACAAGGACGUACUUGUUGAGUUCUAUGCACCAUGGUGUGGUCACUGCAAGAACCUUGCUCCUGUUUACGAAAAAGUUGCAGCAGCGUUCAAGCUGGAUCAACAUGUCGUCAUCGCAAAUGUUGAUGCAGACAAGUACAAGGAUAUUGGAGAGAAGUUUGGCGUUAGUGGUUUUCCUACGCUGAAGUUCUUCCCAAAGAACAACAAGGCUGGUGAAGAAUACGACGGUGGCAGAGAUUUGAACGAAUUUGUUACUUUUAUCAACGAGAAGUGUGGAACUAGCCGAGACCCAAAGGGACAGCUGACUUCCAAGGCUGGUAUCGUUGAGGCCCUUGAUACCUUAGUGAAGGAAUUCAUAGCCGCAUCGAGCGACGACAAAAAAGCUGUAUACAAACGUUUGGAGGAGGAAGCUGAUAAGUUGACGGGCCCCACUGCAAGAUACGGAAAGAUCUACGUGAAGGCUGCCAAGAGCUGCAUGGACAAAGGUUCCGAUUAUGCCAAGAAUGAAGUUCUACGUUUGGAACGUAUCCUUGCCAAGUCAAUCAGCGCAGCGAAGGGUGAUGAAUUCACACUAAAGAAAAAUAUCCUGUCAACCUUUGCUUCCGAUCAGUGAAGAUUUGCAGCUUAUUGAUGGAUUCUUGUGUUCUUUCUGGAAUUUCCACUGUCUGGAAAGUAAAAGUCGACUACGAGGAGCGGGAGUAAUUAUUAUUGUUUCCACCAGUUAACACAAGGACCGGAGAAAGAAAAAAAAGUUAAAAUUAAAUACUUGUUUCCGACAUUUGCAAUAAUGUAAUAUUGGACAUAGGGGUUUUCUUUCUUACAUUUACGACUUCGUUUUUGACAAGUGAAUUAGUGACAGAAAAAAGUUGAGAUCUAGUGAAGAAUUUUCCGUUAUUUAA